GCCAUAAACUACCAGUUCGACAUUUUUGGACUCUCGUCAACGAAACGCCCAGGCUCUGGACUCAUGAACCUCAACGGAUGGAAGCUAUUCUACUCAGGCGCCGAUAUAAUAACUCGUGCUCAUGCCGAUGUUGAUGCUCUGGUAGAACCGAACCUCGCAUGUAAAAUCACUGAUUGCAAAGCCUAUCAGAGGAAGGUCUAUGCGCCCAAUUUGCGGGGAGAUUAUGAGACCUUUCUUGAGGAAGUGCAGUGUGCUCUAUCCGAAGCGCCGAAUACAGAGUUCCUCACAUUGAUGGGCGAUUUUAAUGCGCACGUCGGAGUAGAGGCUGAAAAGUGGAACGGCGUGAAUAGAAAAAACGGUACUAGCGACAUCAACAAUAACGGCAUGAAGUUGUUGCGGUUUUCUGCAAACAACCGACUGUCCAUUAUGAACACCUUCUACGAACAUCGAAAAGUGCAUCCGUACACCUGGUUCCGGGAAGCUUGUGCACAGAAGUCGAUGAUCGACUUGAUAAUCGUAUCGUCUGAGCUAGACGCUCAAUCUUCAUGGUGGACACGAGAGGUACAACUGGCAGCUAAAGAGAAAAAAGCAGCGUUUAAGAAAUGGCUUGGAAACAAGGAGCCAUCUACACGCGUGCUCUAUGUCGAGGCACGGAAGUUGGCACGGGAGUACUUUGACGGACUCCUUAACCACGCGCAACAGCAGGAAGACUCGCCUGUAGAGCAGAAUGGUACGGAUAUUACUAUCUCUGUAGAUGAAAUUGCACAGGCUGUGAAAAGUUUUAGAAAUGGAAAAGGUGCAGGAAUUGACGAAAUCCGCCCUGAGAUGCUCAAGGCAGUAGGCGAACAAGCGUGUGCUGGCUAA